UUAGCUUUGUUUACAGUCGUUUACAGUACUGAUCCGACGCCGAAAACGCGAUUUCCGGUUGAUUUUCGAAAUCUAUCGCAGCAAACGUGCAAGCUGGAAGGGGCAGACGCCUCCGCGGACAUGGACGUCGCCUUGGAGACGGUUUCCGAGGCUCCAAGCACGUCCGAGGAGGACUUGCUGAUCAGAGAGGAGAUCAAGGAUGAGCACUCAUUCGACGACGACGUCGCGGACGCUGCUCUCCUCGACGCGGAGCUGUCGCCGAAUGACCACUUGGAUCUCAAGGACGAGGACACACUCAAGGGUUACGACACCAGGAGCGAAAUUUCUAACACUUCACAACAAUCUCUGACUUCUGGUUCGUUUCACUCCGAGAAAAAUGACGGUGUUUCUGAUAAAGAUGGCAGCCCACGUCCUACAUCAAAGAGAAGUCCUAUCGUUGUUGAAUCAAGACGGUCUUCAAGCCCCAAACCUCUUUCAAAGUCCUAUGAUUAUGCAACAAAGUUGAAUUAUCUCUUUCGGGGUGCGAGAUUUUUCCUUAUGAAGAGCAACAACGCUGAGAACAUUGCUCUGUCCAAGGCCAAAGGGGUGUGGUCCACCUUGCCCAUCAACGAGACCAAACUGAACCAGGCCUUUCGAGAGUCUAGGAACGUCCUCCUAAUUUACUCGGUGAAAGAAUCUGGAAAGUUUGCAGGAUUUGCCCGUCUGGCGAGUGAGUCUCAAAGAGAUGUUCCUCCCGUGUCUUGGGUGCUGCCUAGUGGACUCUCAGCGCGAGCGCUUGGAGGCGUUUUCCAAUUGGAUUGGAUUUGCAGGAAGGAACUGCCCUUCAAUAAAACUUUGCACUUGUACAACCCGUGGAAUGAUAGCAAAGCAGUCAAAAUCGGCAGAGAUGGUCAGGAAAUUGAGCCUCGCGUGGCUGAAGAGCUGUGUCGUCUGUUCUCAGAAGACCACAACAUUGACAUGACUCCGAUUUUGCGCAAGUCAAAAGCGGCGUCGAAACGCUUGAGUGACGAGCCAGCGGCGACUCGGCGGCUGGACACGCGGCCAAGGCGCGGCGCGCGUACCCGCCCCGGCCGCCGACGCGGUGGGCGUCCCUUGGAGUACGGGAGGAUUUCGCGAAGGGGCAGCAGGUACGACGACGAUGACUACAGACCAAGAAGAGGAGUGCGAGAUAUGGCGGUUAUGGACUUAGCAGACAUUCGUGACAGAUCUCCAUUACGAUACUCUGAUAGAUCAUAUGGAGCUCCAUCUCCGUACUCUUACUACAUGCAGGAGCUUCACAGGUCAGCGCCAGUCGCACCUCUGCCAUAUCCUGCCCCACCACCGUUUGAGUCUGCGCCAAAGCCUCUUCCUAGAUACUAUGACAGUCCUCCCGAUUAUUCACGAUCGGCCCGGCUAGACUACGACUCUCACGUGUAUGAUCGUAGUGUGGAUGAGUUCCUCCGCAGGACUUCGGACAGACGGGACGACAGAAGAGAACGUGAUAGGGACAGGCGGGAGAGGAGCAGCCGGGAGGACCGGGACAGGUACUACAGCAGGAGGUAAGCUCCGAAAAAAGCACCAACCUCUCAUUCACGCGUUGUGAACCCAUCAAUCAGUCUUGCAUUUUGUAAAUUUUGUACUUCAUCACAAAACAUACCUUUUUUGACCAAACGAGCUAUGUCUAAGAGAGAUGUAUGAUUAAAUAAGAAUAUAAAUUUCAUUAAAUGUC